AUGUCCAACCAAAUCACUGUAACCGAGUUCCUCCUCCUGGAAUUUUCUAACGUCCGGGAGCUGCAGCUUUUACACUUUGCCAUCUUUCUAGCAGCGUACCUGGCAGCUCUGAUAGGGAAUCUCCUCGUUAUCAUGGUGGUAGCCCUCGACCACCACCUUCACACUCCCAUGUACUUCUUCCUCAUGAAUUUGUCCAUCCUAGACCUGGGAACCAUCUCUGUCAUUGUCCCCAAAUCCAUGGGCAAUUCCCUGUGGAACACCAGGUUGAUUUCCUAUGCUGGAUGUGUUGCCCAAGUUUUCCUCUUCUUUUUCUUUGCUACAGCCAACUUUGCCUUCCUCACCAUCAUGGCUUAUGAUCGAUACAUUGCCAUCUGCAAACCACUGCAUUAUGAGACCAUCAUGAACAGGAGAGCUUGUGUCCAGAUGUCAGUCAGUGCAUGGGUCAGUGCCAUUCCCUACUCUGCACUGCACACUGGUAACACUUUUCGGUUACCUUUCUGCCACUCCAACAUCAUCAACAUGUUUUUCUGUGAUGUCCCCCAGCUGCUCCAGCACUCCCGCUCUGACUCCUAUCUCAGUGAAGUUGGGAUUAUUGUCUUUAGUGCGUGUUUAUUUUUGAUCUGUUUUGUUUUCAUCAUUGUUUCGUAUGUUCAGAUAUUUACUGCAGUACCAAGAAUCCCUUCAGAGCAGAGCCAGCAUAAAGCCUUCUCCACCUGUGUUCCUCACCUCAUUGUGGUCUCCUUGUUUCUUCUCACUGGCAUUUCAGCUUACUUGAAACCAACUUCCAGCACUCCAUCCAUUCUGGAUCUCAUAGAAUCUGUCCUUUAUGCCAUAUUGCCGCCAAUGGUCAACCCUGUCAUUUACAGCAUGAGAAAUAAGGAGAUCAAAGUUGGCCUUGGGAAAGUUAUUAAAGGACAGGUUACCCAGGAAGAAGUUCCCAAAGAAUCUAAUUCACUCCGAAUUGCCCCCAUGAUUCUCUACCACUCCAAAUUUUAG